AUAAUAAGUCUGGCAAACCUAUAAGAAAGAAUGGAUUUAAGGUGCCUCGGUCAUUGAUGCAUGUGUAUUUAUAUUGUGAGGGCAUAUUUUCUCUCACAACUUUUCACACAAAUUUCUCAAAGCCAUACAUUUCAAGUGCUCAAAACACGUGCAAAGUGAUCCAGGCGCCUUAAUUGCGGUCUUUCUUAGGUUUGCCAGACUAUAGUGCUUAGUGCACUCCAUAGUCCAUAAUCUUAUUACUCCAGCGAAGGCAGUCAGUACCAAAUAUCAAAAGAUGGACCCUGCUGGAAGAGGUGUCAGCAACGGCUACUAUGGUGAUGACAGUGGUGGCAGGGGAGGGGGUGACAGCCAGCAGCAGAAGCCCAAGGAUGACUUUGAGGACUACAUGUGGAUGGCCAAUGAAGAAGAAGUGGAGAAAGAGAUGCUGAAGCAGAUUGAGGAUGAGCAGAUAGCUCAGAAGUGUUUCAGUGAGAUGCUGGAGGAAGAAGAGAGGCUCACGUCCCGGCCAGGAGGCUUUGAUCAAUCAGACAUGUGGCAGACAGGGCAGAUGGGCUGGUCGACCGGCUGCCUGCCGCCGAUGGAACAGCCGGAUCAACAGCAGCAGCAGCAGCAACAGCAGCCGUGGAGCACGUGCCAACCGGGCGCUCAGCAGCCAGCGGACACCCUGGCGCGCGACAUCGGCUCCCUGUCAGUCAACGACAGGCCCAAGGUGGAGCUGAACCCGCUGGCCGCCGAGUUCGUUCCCGGCCAGUCGUUCCAGCCAGCCUCCGGAUGAGAGUGUCUGUACCGGCACGGUGACCGGUCGGCCGCGCGCUGAGCCGCGGCGCCGGACCGGGCCGCGCCGGUGACGUCACCGUUCGGUGUGACGUAACCCGUCCCACGGCGCCGGCCCGGGGCGUCGGCCGGCGCCCCAGCUCCGGUGUGGUGGCCUGUCUCGCUCCUCUCGGCUCGCUCAGGUGUCCGGACUUAACGGGAGUACAACUUGCCAGCUUCCGAGCCCCUGCGCUCUCUCGGGGGCGCCGCUGGCGGUAGGUAGCCAGGCGGACUCGCCUGGGACCUCAGCCGGCGUCUCCCGGGAUCGGGACGCGGCGGGUGUCUCCAUUGGCCGUGUCUGUCGUUCUCUGUCUCGAUGGUGCUGUUAGGUGAGUGGGAGCGGUUGGAGAGCGGUGCGACGAGCCCAGUCGGCCCCGCUGCCGCCGCCGGCACCGCCGUGUGGUACGGGUGAGUGACGGACGUCUGCGUGCGAACCGGGUGGCGGUGCGAGUAACUCGUGUUGUGCCGGCUGUGUCCCAGAUGGUGAGCUGAUGUGAAUGGUACGACAAUAAACUCCCAAUCACGUUAGUGAUCUGGCAUAAUAUCUCGACAAUCGUCGCCGAUGAAUUUUUAUUCAUGUUUCGCUUUUGUUUUCUGUUGUUGCGCGUGUCACCGUCCGGUUUCGGGCUGUUUUCGACGCUGACUGGCUGAGUGGGCUGUAGCGAGUGGCGCGAGUCAUCGUUCAUGUUUGCAACAGGGUGCUGCGGUCAACGACCUGGUGGUACAACGGUCCCAUAUCUUUUAGAUAUAUUUUCUGGUUUUGGUUGUCGGGUUUGUGCUGGAUCUCCUGUCCGCGACGUCGCAGAGCCAAUAUAAAUAUACUUAGACAA